UGUAAUUUUUACUUUAAAACUAUAAAGUACUAGUUGUAUUUGUACAUAAUAAAGUGCCCUGCUGAUAUAUAAGGAUUUUUUUUUGUAUUGAAUGUUAAAUACCAUCAGUAAGUUAAGAAGGAGCUUGUUGUAGGAAAUGUCUUUGGACGCGAAUUUCAAGACGUCUUGCGAGGAAGUUAAAAAAUUUACCAAAAGGCCACCUGACUCAGAAAUGUUGGAGAUUUAUUCUUUGUAUAAACAGGCCACAGUGGGAGAUACAAAUAUUCCGAAACCGUCUGAUGCAAAGUCAAAAAUGAAAUGGGAGGCGUGGAACAAGAAGAAAGGGAUGAGCGGUAACACAGCUAAGGAGGAGUACAUCGCAAAAGUGAAGUCUUUGGCACCGACUUACGCCUAGGCCUUUCGACACUGUAGUAAAGCAUAGAACUAACACAAUUACUGAACAGGAAAACAAUCAACACACAUGCAAUCACUUCGUUAAAUCACCUUGAAUUUUAAAAUAUUCUACAUUUAAUUUUGUUAAAUUAUUUAUGCAGAUUAUAAUUUGUAUUAGUUUACCGAAAAAUUUUAUAUAAUUUAGGUUUUUUGUGAUUAUAAUUUGGUUAAUUAAUUAAUGGUCAGAUUUCCGGUUUUGUUGAAUAUUUGUUGUUAUUAUCACCAUGUGCUUUUACUGAAUAAAAAUGUCUCUACGCAA